GGCAGAGAGCAUUCAAUUUGGUCGCUCGCUCGAUGAUAUCUGGGCUCAAUGGAUGUGGCAAGCAAGAGUAAUGCCCAUAUUUUGGCGGGAAAAAGAUUUGACCUACACCUUCUGAAUCGCUCGAAGAUUAUCCAUCUUAUCCGCCACGGGCAGGCGCGCCAUAAUUUGGCGGGAGAGCCAAACUACGCUAAUUACAGGAUCAGGGAAAAUUACGACUCAGCUUUGACAGAGGAAGGAUGGCGGGAAGCAGCGAUGCUAAGGAGGACAAAGAGAAGAGAGCUGGAAAGUGCAGAGCUGGUGGUGGUGUCCCCUCUUACACGCACGCUGGAGACGGCUAUGGCGAUCUACGGCGUGGAGGAGGGAGAGAAGAUGGUGUCACUGACAGGGAUGGAAUUUCAAACGGCAGAGGGGAAAGGACUUGCCAUCAACGAGAUUACCAAAGCAGCAGCUAUGGCUUCUCCUACUCUAUGUCCUUUGGAGGGUGCUGCUGCCAUGGCUCCUCCUUUCCCCGUGACAGCUAUGGCUUCUUCUACGCUGGAGACGGCUAUGGCGGUCUACCUCGAGAAGGAGGAGGAAGAGAAGAUGUUGACAGCGACGGAAGGGGCAGAGCAGAAAGGAUUUGCAAUCAAAGAGAUGAGCGAAGCCGCAGCUAUGGCAGCACAAUACCCUGUAGAGAGUAGUGAUAUUGCUCCUCCUUCUUCUCCUCCUUCUCCUCCUCCUUCUUCGCCUCCUUCUUCUCCUCCUUCUUCUCCUCCUUCUUCAGUGGCCAUGGCGGAAAGCGGGCACGCAGGUGGAGGAGGAGGAGGAGGAGGAGGAGGAGGAGGAGGGGUAAGUGGCAGCAGCCAUAGCUGUGAGAGGAAGAAGAAAGAGGAGGUGUAUGUUGGAAUAACGCGACCCUUUGUCUCUGUGGAGUUGUGUCGAGAGCGCCUGAGUCCCCACCCUUGCGAUAAACGGUCCGCCAUCGCUGAGUAUAGGCGAAGGUUUCCCUUCGUCGAUUUCUCCCAGAUUGAGAGCGAUGAGGACACGUGGUGGACUAAGGAGCAUCGAGAAACGGAUUCAGAGAUCGGUACAAGGGCCUUGAAGUUCUUGGCUUGGCUGGCGCAGAGGAAAGAGAGGAAUAUUGCUGUCGUCUCGCAUAGCGCGUUCCUCUUCGCAUUGGUUAAGUUGUUCGGUAACGGCUCUUCUCCGGACGUUCGAGAGGAGCUGCGCGCCGCGUUUGCCAACUGCGAGAUGCGUUCCGUCGUUCUUCUCGAUCGCGGAUCCAACAACGGUGCCGACCCUUGCGACGACUCCAAGCCAUCAUGGUAUUGUGAAUCAUCUCCCCCUGCAAAUCGUUACCACCAUGCCUAUUUCCCUGACCCUGAAUGUGGACAUCAUCAGGACCGGGUGCGCACCCGUUCGACGCAACGAUUUCGCAACUUGAAGGCCGAGCUCGGAAUCGGCAGCAGCAGCAGGAUUGCUUGUCCAGAGAGCUCAUGGGACAAAACCCCCUCCGUCUACAAAAAAAGGCAAAACGGGGAAGACGGGUCAUCUCCUUCUCCUUAUUCGAAGAUCAAUAAUCUGUUGGACGAGCUAGGGGACACAGUGAGGAAGAUCUGCAACAACAGGUUUACUCCAGAGCGGCGGCGACAGAGCGGGCCAUGCUCCAGCACCACUCAGUCUGCUGCUAACCUUGGAGACUCUAGAGAGGAGGAUGAAUUACGCCCCGCGACGACAGAGCCCCCGGGGCCUACGUUCGGGGGAGGGAGAUUCGCAACAAAGGAUGAUUGUGAUUGCCACAACAGGCGUCGGCCUGAGCGGCGACAGAUCGAGACGUCGUACUCCUUCAGUGCAGGCUGUGCAGGCUGUGCAGCUAAUAAUGAUAAUGACCUUGGCAAGGGGGUAUUAUUGCGAUUGGGGUCAACGGAGACCCCAGCGCCGGUGUUUGGAGGAGGAGGGGGUAGAUUUGCAAACUGCAGCGCCGGAGGAGGGGGUAGAUUAGCAAAUGAUGAUCGCAACAACAUGUUUUCACCAGCGCGACGACAGCUCGAGUCUUACUCCACCAGUGUGCUUGGAGGAGGAGGGGGUAGAUUGGCAAAUUGCAGCGCCGGAAGUGGGGAUAAUCAUAAUAACCUUGGCAAGGAGGGAUGGCGGAAAACAGAGACCCCACUGGCAGGUGCUCUGUUUGGAGGAGGAGGAGGGGGUAGAUUAGCAAAUUGCAGCGCCAGGAGAGCUGGAUUAGCAAAUUGCACCGGUGGAGGCGGGGCUAGAUUUGCAAAUUGCACUGGUGGAUCAGGGUAUUCUUUGGAUGAUAAUUCUCUUCAAUUUGGCUAUCGCUGUGAAAGUGCAGUGAGAAAUGAAAUCGACGGACGACUGAGGAGACACAGAGGGGGGUGCGAAACAAGCCCACCCACCUAUAUUUCCCGGCGUGAUAAUGAACAGCAGAGGGCUUGCACAACUUGCACUCCCGCUCCUGUCGCUGACCAGCUUCAGCUUCAUAAUAGCCGUAAUAAUGACCAGAUUCAGCUCCGUAAUAGCCUUAAUAAGAAUAGCAUCCUCCUCUCCAGACACACGGACAUGGCAGACACGCAAAUGGACUGGGACCGACGGCUGGGACUGAAUGGGAAUGGCCCCCAAGAGAGGACAAAGUCCCACUCCCAAGUCGGGACUGAUUUCUGCAGUGCCAGACCAGACUGCAGUUGCUGGCGCUGCCGUCGAUGGUCCCUUCUCACUCGUUCAAGGGGUUCGAGCCCUAUAAGGGGUCCUAUAAGGAGCCCUAUAAGGGGUCCUUGUCAGCAGAAGCCUACCAAUAUUAAUAGGUGGUGGGCAUCAGAGGGGAUCAGCAGUACAAAAUGUGGGGCUACAGGAACGGAUCGCCUGGCAGGCCUGCGCUACGGCUUUGAUAACCCUAACAACGACUGUACUGACAAGAAGAAGAUGAUGGGGGGUGACCGUAUUGGAUCGGGAUCGGGAGCGGGAGCGGGAUAUGGAUUGUCAUCCCGACGAUGGGGGUGUCCAGAUCCCGAUGGAGAGGGCAGCAGGGGGCUUGGGCGGAUCAACAAGCGAACGUGUGAAACCAAGACCGCAACAAGGACGUGUUUCGAUCCCGACGACUACUGGAGUUUGAAAGGGGCUGGCAUGUGUGAGCCUUCACUUUCAAAAUGAAUGAUGUGAGUCAUUGUGAGAUGAUGUGUCCGGAUCCCGAUGAUGGCUCUUGGAGGUUGAGACGGGGCUGACCAUGAU